UCACGAUAAUUUGUUCGUCAGUUUUGAAAAGUAUUACCAAAAAUUAUACAGAUUUUUUUUUUGAUUGGCAACGUUUAUGAAUACUUUGGAAAUUCUACUUUUUCCUUCGCUCUUUCUUCUUUCGCUUUUGUCCACUCUGUAAACGUGAGCCAUGGCUUGUACGCUGUACACAUAUCCCAACAACUUUCGUGCUCAAAAGGCAUUGAUCGCUGCACAGUACAGUGGUACUGCUGUCAAUGUACCCGAAGAUUUUAGUUUGGGUGAAACAAAUAAGACAGCUGGAUUUCUCAAAAAAUUCCCCAAUGGAAAGGUUCCUGCUUUGGAGACUCCAGAUAAAAAAUAUCUAUCUGAAAGCAAUGCUAUUGCCUUUUAUGUCGGUAAUGACGAACUCAAUGGCAAAACACAAUUUGAAAAGGCCCAGAUUUUGAUGUGGAUGAACUUUGCUGACAGUGAGAUUUUGCCUCCAUCUUGCACAUGGGUUUUUCCCUGUUUAGGACUAGUACAAUUUAAUAAGCAAAGCACAGAUAAAGCCAAGGAAGAUGUGAAACGAAUUCUCCAAAUUCUGAAUGACCAUCUUUUACACAGCACAUAUUUAGUUGGUGAGCGCAUUACACAGGCUGAUAUUAGCGUUGUUUGUAAUCUGUUGUCUCUGUACCAGCUAGUUUUGGAACCCUCAUUCAGACAACCUUACAGAUGUGUUAACAGGUGGUUUAAAACUUGUAUUAAUCAACCACAGUUUAAAGCUGUUUUGGGUGAUGUUGUUCUCUGUGAGAAAAUGGCUCAAUUUGAUGCCAAGAAAUUUGCUGACGUUCAGAAAGAGCUUGGUCAGGGAAAACCAGCUAAAGGCAAGGAAGUUGCUGCAGCUACUCCAAAAGACAACAAAAAGAAAAAGCAGGAGCCUAAACCUAAAAAGGAAGAGGUUGCCGCUGAAGAACCUGAUGAGACUGAAUUAGCCUUGGCUCAGGAACCAAAAUCUAAAGAUCCAUUUGAAAAAUUUCCUAAAGGCACAUUCAAUAUGGAUGAGUUCAAACGUACUUACAGUAAUGAAGACGAAAGUGUAUCAAUAAAAUACUUCUGGGACAAAUUUGAUGCUGAAAAUUAUUCUAUUUGGUACUGUGAAUAUCUCUUCCCACAAGAGUUGACUCUGACUUUCAUGAGUUGCAAUCUUAUUGGAGGUAUGUUCCAAAGGUUAGAUAAAAUGAGAAAAAAUGCUUUUGCCAGCGUGUGCCUUUUCGGAGAGGAUAAUAACAGCACAAUUUCUGGUAUUUGGGUAUGGCGAGGUCAUGAACUUGCAUUCACACUCUCUGAAGAUUGGCAGAUUGAUUAUGAAUCUUAUAGCUGGAAGAAACUUGACCCAUCUUCUCCCGAGACUAAGAAAAUAGUUAAUGAAUAUCUUUCAUGGUCUGGCGACUUUGGUGGAAAGAAGUUCAAUCAAGGAAAAAUCUUCAAAUAAAUUAUAGAACUGCUGUAGAAAUUCUAAAUUCCUAAAUAUUUAAGCAUUCUGUGAAUGAAGUCUGGUGUCAAUAAAACGUGCGAGAUUUGUA